AGUUUCAAUUCCCCUCCCACAAAAGGGGAAGCCUCUUUACAGUGAUAACUGCGGACAACGAGAUACAUUUUGAAAAAGUUGGACAAAGUUUCUUUGAAAUGUGUCACAAGAUUGUUCUCCGACUCUGCUUCUCAGUGCUUUUCUUAAGAGCUGUUUCAAUUCCCCUCCCACAAAAGGGGAAGCCUCUUUACAGUGAUAACUGCGGACAACGAGAUACAUUUUGAAAAAGUUGGACAAAGUUUCUUUGAAAUGUGUCACAAGAUUGUUCUCCGACUCUGCUUCUCAGUGCUUUUCUUAAGAGCUGGAACGUCUGGAGCAGAAGAACUGAUUGGCAUUCUGGGGGAGUCUGUCACAUUCCAAGUGGAGACCUCUCCACCAUUUCAAACAAUUUCCUUGAAUAAAAUUGUCAACAGCAAUUCUAUAAAUGUUGCUUUGAUGACCUUCAAGGAGCUGUCAUGUCCCUUCUUGUUCCUCCGCCCAGACUUUCAAAAGCGACUGAACAUCUCCAGUGACUGCAGAAACUUACAUCUUGGCCCUCUAAAGAAAGAGGACACUGGCAGAUACAGUGUAGAAAUUAUUUUACCAACUAAAGAGACAGUGGUCGAGUCCUUUGAUCUGCGAGUUUUUAAACGUUUGGUGGACUCUGAGCUGAAAGUGACCUGCACUCCUGAGGGGACUGGAAACAGAACCUGGCAGCUGACUUGCUCUACAGGGACCUGGGAAGACAGAGUGAACAUCAGCUGGACCUCAUCUGCCCAGAGCACAGGUCCUACCCCUGGGAGUUCUGUGAUCCGGUUUGUCUCCCAGGAGCUCGAUGCAACAUGCAGAGCAGAAAACCCUGUUAGCCAGGCAUCCAGGACAGUCUCCUUAAAGGAAGUUUGUGCAGAAGAGAGACCUGGGAUGGAGCCCCCUAAAGUGAAUGAAGAUGGGACUAAGAACACAGGAUGGAUUGUGGGCGUGAUUGUACUUGUUAUCAUCAUUCUGCUUGUCAUUGUCGGUGUCCUUUGUGUGCGGAGGAGGAAAGCCGCCAAGGGAAGUGGACGUUCUACAACUAACACAGCUGCCAAGAAAGUGGACGUGUUACAACUAACUCAGGUGAUGGUACAAGUUCCUGAACAGGACAAGAGGGACUUUCUCUGCACCCCUCCUUCUUCCUCCAUCCCCAGGACUGGGAACAGCGUUGGGUUGCCCCAGAUAAAUAACAACAACAACUACUAGCCAAACUCAUAAUUGCUUUGCUUCUCCUGCUUUCAAGCAGUGCUUGGACCAUUCAUCCAUUAAGCUUAUUUCCACUAAACCAGGAGUGUCAAACCUGUGACGUCACAUGGUCAUCACAUGACGUAUCGUGACUAUUUUCCCCUUUGCUAAACCGGGGUUGGGCAUGGCCAGCGCAUGACACAUCCAGCUCGCAGGUUGCAAGUUUGAGACCCCUGCACUAAACACAAAGCCCUUCCUUCUUUUCUAUUUUUUCCUUCCUUCCUUCCUUUUCUCUUUUGCUUUCCUUCUUCCUCUUUCCCUCUCUUUUUCUGAACAAAAGGGAGAGUAGAUGAACUACUUACUAUAUAAGGCAGGGGUGUCAAACUCGAUUUCACUGAGGGCCGCAUCAGGGUUGUGUUUGAUCUCGGGGG